AUGGAUCACCUCGCCCUCUUUGACGGCCUCGCCGCCUCCACCUCGUUGGAUCUCUCUGGCUUGCCUGCUGCCGCUGACCUUGACCGCUCGACGCCCUAUUGUAGAGAUAAAGACAAGGGCAAAGCACGCGCGUGUGACGACGUUGACGACGAUACGCCGUUUCACCCCACCAUCUCUGCCCCCGCCGAGUGCAGCCGCUCGGGUCGAAGCCUCUCUGCACUAAGUGAAAACAGCUCCCGGCUGCGCGACACCAGGUCCGCAGAUCACUCGGACUCCAAAGGCAAGGCAAGGCAGCUUUUCAGCGACGCCCAUUCUUCUGCAUCGGCAUCCGCCACCGAUUCUCACUUUCUACGUAGGACUCGCACUAGCACUCCAACUUACAAUCGACAAUGCGAGCGCAACGCAUCUGUUUCUUGCUCGUAUCACGAUGAAGCAUCCCUCAAGCGUUCGAUUCGCCAGAUGGGCUCUUCUCCCUCCAGCUCGCCCCGCCAGAACCCGCGUCCGCUGCCCUCCGCACAAGCUGGCGGCUCCACGUCUCAACUUGGCUUGGAUCUCAUCGCUAGCGAUGAGCCAUCCUGCUCUCUUCUAUCUGCAGCCUCUGCAUCAGCUCAGGCUCAGCGACCAGGCACUCCAAACAAGAAGAGACGGCCUUUUCGUUCGGGCGACGACAAUGAGAAUGACACUUUCACCAUACGCAGCGACCAACAUGCACCGAGGACGCAUGUUGUCGAGACACUACCAGCGGACACGACUCUUCGCUCCGAGGGGCACUCUCGUCGUGCCUCGUUGCUUCUCAAUAGCAGCACGCGUGACUCUCAGUCUUUUGAGAGUAAUCCCACUCUUUGUGUCUCUCCCGAGCCCUUUGACGGUCUCCCUCGCUCAGAGCAAGCAAGCUCUGAGCUGUCGCACCGUCGAACCGCUUUCCUCGCCAGCGCAAGAGCGCAGCGCUCUAGCAGCUCCAUCCGUCGCCGCAGAGGCUUCUACCUAAGAGACGCCGAUCUUUUGCGCAACGACCCUUCGGAAGAAAGCCUGGUGGCCUCCUCCGACCGGCCCAACAGCAGCGCAUCCGACACGUUCAUGGCCGAGUUUGCCAGAGCCGUGGAUCUGAGACUCGCUGCUCGAUCCGACUCAAACCAAGCCGGUGCCUUCACCUCGAGCUCGGCACGUACGCCCCAUACACAUCACCAGCAGGCGCCUCGCACAGACACACCUCAACCGAGUGCUCCACAGUUGCCCUACCCGCGCACCGCUUCUCCACUCACCAUCUCGUUCGCCGCCGUCGAAGCCGACCAGCUGAGACAGGAAGCUCAACGAGGAUUGACCGCACGGCCAACUUCGCGCAGACGCAUUCCCGUGCCUACACAUGCUGCCUCUUUGCAGGCUGACCAGGAUGGGUCGUCAAGUACCGUCACGUCGAGGAGGUUUCUUCACGAUCAAGCUUACUGGCAAUCCUCGCCAACGUACCAGCUUGAUGAAACGUCUAGCGUGGCUGCCCCCAGUGAUCAUCAGAUCUUCAGUCGCUAUGCAUCGACACAGCGGGAAAGUCGUUCCUGGAGAGUAGAAUCCCGCCAAGUUGAUACCGACACGAGUACUGCUGUGGCAACAGACUCGGAGCGAAUCGAUGCUCGCCGACCUUACCAAGUGGGCCUCUCUGCACACAGCCCCCUGGAGUCUCACACGAGGAAUGAGUCUGCUGCAGAUGAUUUCGGCGCAGUGCAACGCCCCUUUGGACUUCGAGGCACGAGACUCUCAAGGCGGCCCUACCGAUCGAGAGCUGAAGAUAUUUUCGAAGCAGGUCCAAGUGCCACUGCAGAAGCUGAGCGACUGCACCUUGCCCAUUCGCGACGGGAUGCAGACGACGCGACGGAUCGACAAGCUGACGCAGAACGCGAACGGCGUGACUCGCCUCCUCCUUCUUGGAGAAGAGCACAUUCUGGCCUUCGUGCGCCAUCUCGUCUGCCCGAACGACAGGUCUCCAUCUCGACUGCUCAAACGCGCUUCGAGCCAUUUACCGAGAAUCUCGGUUCCAACGUGGAAGCCAGACGAGCUACCGGCCUUGCAAGCUCUCGAAGCUCCUUGUCGUCCUCGCUGUAUCGAGAGAGACAUGAAAACGAGUCUGCGCUCGAAUACCUCGGUCGCCUCAUGAGCCACGACAGCAUGCUCGACGAGUGGAUGGCUGGCGAUGUUCACGGACCCCUCUUACGCAUGGCGAUCGAAUCGGAGGUGCUGCAGUCAUACCCUCAUAUGCGCCAUCUCGGCCACACGCCCACGUCGACCUCCAGCAUGUUUGGCCAGUCCCCGCAUCUCGCGUUUGACGCACGCAACUUUAUCGCCGAUGAGGACUGGGCCGAGCUCAAUUCGUACGAAGGGCUCAUGCAGCUCAGUGAACGGCUGGGUGCUGCCGAGGUCUGCGUGCCCCAGGGUUUGAUCGAUACGCUACCCACGUGCGAGUACGGCAAAUGGGACGGGGGGUCCUGUCGGCAACGGGAUGCGUUGUCUGCUUCGCCUCCUCUGGUCGGGAAGGGCAAAGGCAAGCAGAAAGUGGAACAGCCUGCAAAUGCGAGGGAUACCAUGUGCCCCAUUUGCCGGGAAGAUUAUCUGGAUUCGGAUAUGCUCAUGAGCAUCAACAAAUGCUGUCAUGCUUUCCAUGCCGAUUGCAUCAAGACCUGGUUCAAAACAGCCAAGACCUGUCCACUGUGUCGAGCCGAUGCGUUCGAUGAGAUCAGUCUACCAGCCUUGCCCUUUCAAUCGUCGUCUUCGACAACGACGGCGUCGAGAACAGCCUCCACUGGUGGAGGCUCCUUUCAUUCCACCUGGAACUUUAACUUUUGA